AUGGCCAACCCCAGAAUAGAAGAAGUGGAGGACUCCUCCGACGAUGACGCGAACCUCAACGUCGACGACCCGGACGAAAUGGACCUCGACGCCUUCGACUUCGCCCGCCCGCAAGGCACCCUAGGCCAAACAGCACUCACCCCAUCCAACCUCCCCGCCGCCUCCCAAGCAAUCCCCUCCACGCCCUCCCAACCGCAACCCCCACCGCAAAUGUCCGCCGCCGAGCGCGAGCGCCUAGCCAACGAACACCGCGAGAAGUCCAAGCACUACCAAUGCAUCUACCCCGUGUACUUUGACGCUUCGCGCUCGCGCGACGCCGGGCGCCGCGUGAAGAAGGAGGAGGCGGUGGCGAAUCCGCUGGCACGCGAGAUUGUCGAGGCGCUGCAUCAUAUUGGGAAUACGCUGGGCGUGCCGUUGCAGAUUGUGUUUGAGCCGGCCAAGUGCCAUCCUAAAGACUGGGCGAACCCGGGGCGGGUGAAGGUGCUGGUGAAGCAGGAUGGGACGGCGGUGAACAAGAAGAUUGGGAAUAAACACUACCUCCUCAAACUCAUCUCCGCCUACCUCCUCUCCCACCCUACAACACCGGAAGCACCGAUGAAGCUCCGCAUCUCCGGCCUUCCUAUGCCGAAAGAAGCGCCGCCGCCCCCCGCCAUUCCGCGCGGCUUCAAAAUGGGGGAGAUCCUACCGCUGCACUCGCCUGCGCUGAGUGGAGGCGGGGUGAGUGAGAAUUUCUUCAAGGAUAUGAUGCAGGAGAUGGGCGGGCAGAUGCCGGAGGGUUUAGAGGGCAUGGCGAAUAUGGCGGGCAUGGGAGCUGGGGGUGGUGGAGGGGGGCCGAAGAAGAUUAGGGUGAAGCAGAGGCGGUGA